AUGGAUCAGUUGAUCAGAGGGUGGCAUACACCGGUCGCCUGCCCCCGCUAUCACCAAGCUUUGCCCUGUCAACGCCGUGGCAAUAUCACACUAUCUUUACACUGGCCUAUCUAUCCGGUCGUCUCCAUUGCAGAAAUGGGACCUUAUGAAUCUGAUCCAUCUGGACGAGAGCAAACGAAGCCCGAGCAAUUCGAAGAUGAUGAGCAUGAAGUAGAGAGCAUCCUAGGAAAGCAAGAGUAUAAACGAGAUAUUUCAGCGACAAAAUCCACAGAAUACUUGAUCCUCUAUUUGAGAGGGGUUACGAAAUUAGAGAUGACCAGUGGAUCAGGCAAUCUUGACUUACUCGUCCGACACCUUCCCUAG